AACCAAACCACUUCUGCUGUUUAAUCAUCAUCCGUCAGAGACAAAAUCUGUAGCUUUGAAAAUGGGGAAUAGUUUUGGUGGGAAAAAGAGUAGCAAAGUGAUGAAGAUAAAUGGUGAAACAUUCAAGUUGAAGACACCGGUGAAAGCUGAGGAGGUAGUUAAAGAUUAUCCGGGGCAUGUUUUGUUAGAAUCAGAAGCUGUUAAACAUUAUGGUAUUCGAGCUAAGCCAUUGCAAUCAUGUCAGAAGCUCGAGCCCAAAAGGCUUUACUUCUUGGUCGAGUUGCCCGAAGCUCCCAAAGAAAGGGUUCUGAGGAGGGUUCGGUCGGGUUUGAACAUGAGUGCCAAAGACAGGCUGGAGAGCCUAAUGAUGUCCAGGAGAUCGGUGUCGGAUUUGACACUGAUGAAGCAGCAAAGUCCCGUGGCGAUUAGGGUUCCCAGGGGAGAAGUGGAGAGGUUGAUGAAAGAGAGUGAAAGCGAGGCGGUGGCAGCUCAGAAGAUCAUGGAGCUUUGCAUGGCUGGUACGCCCAGAGACGGCGGCGAUGCGGUGAAGGGGAUGCAUUGGAAGGCUAGCAAUGGAAGCUUAGACGGAGCAGGUUUCAAAAAGCCCCGGCGUCGUCUCAAGCACGGGCGAGCAUGGAAAAUAAGAUGGGGAGUUGAGCCUGUCUGCUCGGGCAUAGUGUUGUGGAGCAGUGUGUUUUCUCGGUUGGGGUGCUACAUUGGAGCAUGGGCACAGGGUCUUAACGUGGGCAGCAUGGGGCUGCUGCAAUGCAUGGGUCUCCUGUUGUGGAUUCACGGGUGGUCGACAGGGGCUGCUGUUGGGAGUGGUGCUCAAGACUGCUGUUUGAUCUGCACAACUGGUGACCGAGUGAAGUGGAGCAGAACAAAGCCUUCAAGUGGGAGCUAG